AGCAGCUGAAGCUGAAUAUUAUAUAUAUUAAUAUAUAUAAAAAUAUAUAUAUUUUUUACAAAUAAACGCAAGCAGUCUAAAUGAAGACAAAGAAUAGUGAUAAGUGUCUGCACAAGAAUCUGGCAGGGAUGAGCAGCAAGUUGGACUUCGGUGCAUUGGGGACUUUGUUGUUUGAGCCGCGUGUGCCGGGGUGCCAAAAGUCCACGCAAACAAGUCAGUGUAGCGUGCAGCCUGCGGCAGCUGGAGGCGAGCCGGGGAAGGGACGCUCAAAGGCUGCGCUGACUGGAGAUCAUUCGUCCUUGCGUACAAAGCUCUCGUGCACGCCUGGGAAAAAGAAAGAGGUGAAGGAGGAGCAGCAGCAGCAAUCGGGUUCGCCAUGUAGUCGUCAUCGUCGCCGCCCCAUGCGGCAAGAGCGCGAUGGAGCGCAGAAGAACCAUGUGCUCUUCGUGAACUCCAACUUUGGUCAGUCAUCGAGCGCCUUGUGCCAAGUGAAGUCAUGCAAGCGCAACUUUAUGCACAAUCAUGACCUGUGCACCACCACCAGCGACAGCUUGAGCAUCCGGAGCCGCCAACAGCGCCCAAUCAGCAGCAGCAGUGGUGAGAAUUUGCGCAAAAUGGUGAGCUCACAAAUUGCUAUGCAGAAUGUCCUGCACAAGUCCAUGGUGCAGAUAAACAAAUACUAUGAUGAGCUGCUCUUGUCAAACUCUGAACUGAAGCUAUCCUCACUGGAGCGCAUUAGCCGUGGCGCGCAGACAAUUGCCGCCGUCCGGCGUGAGUUGAGCCGCAGGCGCGCUUCAGCGAAGUCCGUGUCAUCGCCAGGACCUAGCAAGUGCCAAACUGAUAACGGCGCUGAGGAUAUGGUCAACAGCAAGGUGAUUGAACCUAUGAUACGCCGCAUACAGCGCAUGUAUCUGCACAAUUUGGUUGAUCAAAUGGCUAUAAUCCGCGAUCUGGAGCGUGUGCCGAGUCGCGUGCGCGAGGUCUAUAAGAGCGCUGGGAAGAAAGAGUAGCUGAAGACCGACAAUAGCAAGCUCAAAUUAUUUAAAGAAAUUUGCAUAGUUGGGGGAGUUAAGAUAAAUAAUGUAGCUAGAACAAUUUCCAGCUUGGUCGUAGCUCUCCAUGAGCAUUAGAAUAGAUUGGAAUGGCUCGAGUUGAGAAUAAAUAUUUGCUCAUAGAUGCGAAA